CGCCGCGCCCGCAGCCCCGCCGCGGAGCCCCGGCCUAGCCCGGGCCGCCGCCACCACGCCGCGCGCCGUACUCCGCGUCAAGAAUGGGGCGGCCAAGCUGCCCAAGCCGCCCGCCGCCGCCGCCGCCGCCGCCGCCGCGGCCGAGGCUCCGGGCGCCGGCGCGGGCAUGGAGCGCUCGCAGAGCCGCCUCAGCCUGUCCGCCUCCUUCGAGGCGCUCGCCAUCUACUUCCCGUGCAUGAACUCCUUCGACGACGAGGACGCGGAAGGGGACAGCCGGAGGCUGAAGGGGGCCAUCCAGAGGAGCACGGAGACCGGCCUGGCGGUGGAGAUGCCCAGCCGGACGCUGCGCCAGGCCAGCCACGAGUCCAUUGAGGACAGCAUGAAUAGCUACGGCUCCGAGGGCAACCUUAACUAUGGGGGAGUUUGCCUGGCAUCAGACGCGCAGUUCAGUGACUUCCUGGGCAGCAUGGGGCCAGCGCAGUUUGUGGGCCGCCAGACCCUGGCCACCACGCCAAUGGGAGACGUGGAGAUCGGCUUGCAGGAGCGGAAUGGCCAGCUUGAAGUGGACAUCAUCCAGGCUCGGGGGCUUACGGCCAAGCCAGGCUCCAAGACACUGCCAGCGGCCUAUAUCAAGGCCUACCUGCUGGAGAACGGCGUCUGCAUUGCCAAGAAGAAGACCAAAGUUGCUCGCAAGUCGCUGGACCCGCUGUAUAACCAGGUGCUGCUGUUUCCUGAGAGUCCCCAGGGCAAAGUCCUGCAGGUGAUCGUAUGGGGAAACUACGGGCGGAUGGAGCGGAAGCAGUUCAUGGGUGUGGCUCGAGUGCUGCUGGAGGAGCUGGACUUGACCACCCUAGCCGUGGGCUGGUACAAGCUCUUCCCCACCUCCUCCAUGGUGGACCCCGCCGCGGGCCCCCUGCUCAGGCAGGCGUCCCAGUUGUCCCUCGAGAGCACCGUGGGGCCCUGUGGCGAGCGAUCUUAGGGCCGGGGUGGGGCGGGGGGGGCUCCCCAACAAGACCUGGAGAAUGCCCAGCCCCAACCUGGGACCCCAGGCCCAGGGGCACAUUGAACAGAGGAGGAUGGGGUUCUCCCCCAUAGCGGGGAAGCAGAAUGGGGAAACCUGCCCCCCCAGGGCCCCUCCUCACCCCCUCUCUGCCUCCUACCCCCUGAGACCUUCCCUCUCCCAACGGGAUUGGCUGCACUUUUGACUUGGCCAGUUCUCGACCUGGUGGACGUGGCUGCAAUCCGGAGAAAGGAAAAGAUUUGAGGCGGCAGCGCAGACCAUCUUCCCGUCCCAGACACUGUCCGACUGCUCCCCCUUUUUGCCUCCUCGGAAGCUCGCUGCCCGGAGCCAAGUCCAGAACCCAGCGGCCAUCUCCAUGGUGCCAAUUACCAGCAAGUGUCUUUCCUGCGGUACCGGGUUCAGGCAGCUACUCCUGCCCCAGAGCCGAUGGGGCAGCUCUGCAAGGAUCCGGAGCCAGCUCCGGGGAGGUCUAGAGCCUCCCGCUUGAAGAGGAGCUCGGCCUCCCUCCGCCUGCCUGUGGAAGGAGCUUUGCCGCAGCGUGUCUGAGUCCGUGUCUGUCCCUUCCUGCCUGCCCCUCUUCCGGUGGCUCUAGGAAUUUGGGGGUCCAGCAGGGACCAAAGGAAAGGAGGCAGUGCCCUGGGCCUGGCACAGAGCCCCCCCAGGGUGCCAUGCUCCAUGGGACUGCAACAAGCUAGUUUGGAAACAGUGGACUGGGAAGAACUGGGUCGUCUGUGUUUUGGUGGAAGAACUGCGGGACCCUGACUUUCGAGAACCCCAAGUCUGGAGCACUCACCGUCUCUGAAUUUUGGGGACGCCGGACUGGAGAGGGAGCCUGAGUAAAGUUGGGAUUGGGACUGACUGGUGGUGCCAAGGCAAGGGUUUCCCAAAUAGGAGAAGCCCUCCUCGUUGGAUGAGGUCAAAGGUCUUCUUGUCUACCCCUCUGCCUCCAGGCUAGGGGUUUGGGGAGGCAACAGAGCUUCCCUAUUUUAGUCUUUUUAAACAAACCAUCCUGUACUAAGGGCAGAACCCGCUGCCCCGGCCUCAACUACCUUGGCUCAUGAGUGUAAGAAUCAGGAGAUUCCUUCUCAAGUGGGCCCGGGUAGCUGCCUUCCUGGUCCGGCCCUCCCCGAGGCCUCUGGAAGCCCUUUUGCAUGCUGGGAGGACACAGGUUGGCCCCUCUUUAUAGAAGCACAUUUCUGCCACCUCCCCUGGGAGGCACCCAGCAGCCCACCACCCCUCGUUACCCAGUCCCUGCUGUGUAGGGCGUAGUCCAGUUUAGCUGGGUAGAGUUAGUGUUCCAGGCCCUGGGGCCUGCUCUUAGCUUGCAUAUAGUCCUUGCAGAGUUCCAGGACAGGGGUGGAGAGGAGGCACCAGAACAUUCCAGGAGACGGCUGUCUCCUCACUAGUCUGGGUCUGGGCCUGGAGCCUGGUUCAUGGGAGGCCAGCCCUUCCUCUUCCCUCCCCAACACCCCCUACCCCAGGGUUGUAGCUGGAGCUGCCCCUUAUACUCAGAUGUUCUGAUGCAUUAUCUUUGGUACUGGUUUUAUUUGUGAAGGACCCCGGAGGGUUGUGGGCCUUGGUGGAGAGGCCUGGGCUCCACGGGAUGACGUCAUCUUCCACUGGGGAUGCCCAGCAGUGUUCAGCCCCGCCUGGUCCUUGGUCUCACUGCGGGCUAUCGACCAGGCAAUUUCUUCCACCUGGGACCCCUUCCUCCCUCUCCACCUCCCUCCCUUUCUCUCCCUUCUCCUCCCUCCGCCUGUCUAAGCCCUGGGGAGCCUUUAAAGUUCUGGAUGUUAUACCGCCUCCAUGGAGCUUCCCAUGCUGCACUGGGAAGGGGAGACGGAGAUGCUCAAGCUUCCUGGGAUUGUGCUGGGUGGAAUCCCGAGGCUGGGGCAGGAGGCAGCAGGGCUCUGGAUGGCCUCAGAUCUGAGGCCCAGAAUCAGCCCCUCCCCUGUUUGUUUUUUUUUUUUUAACCAGUGUGAUUUCUCUGCUGUUCGUUUAUUACUCAUCAUUCGGAAUAUUUUGAGCCAGGAGAGCGCCUUCUCUCUCCAGCCGUCCCUGCUCUGGUGGUUCAGGGGUAGCUUUUCAAAGACGGGGGGCAGACCCUGGCUGUCCCACACAGAGGGAGAGAGGCCUCGGUGCCCCCGCGCCCCCCACUCCCGCCCAAGCCUACCCUCUAGGGUCUGCACAGCCUUUAUAAAGAGAGAGAGCGCGCUCCAAAGCAAUAACAUCCUGGGGGUGGUCACCGAGGGCCCCCCUCAAUGACUUUCUUGUUUGUUCUGUGAAAUCUCAGUUCACCUCCUGGUGGGGUGGGGUGGGGGCUAGAGCCCUGUUUCUUUGUAUCAUCAUUGUGAGCACAUGCCCUGCUUCCAAGGGGCUCUGACCAUUUGGUGUGGGAACCACUGUCUGUCCUCACCAAGAGAUGGGGGUUUGGGGGAGGGGGUGGCAGUUCUCAGCAUUAGCUUUGGGGAACCUUCAAACCCAGCCUGUCUCUACUGCUGUCUGAUCUUUUGCCAGCUCGUACUCCAUCUGGAGAGUAGCUGAGAAGUGGAAUUGUGGAGAGCUGGGAGCCAGGAGUUGGGGUCACUAGGGGCUGAUUCUUUUUUUUCAAUCGCUGGGCCAAAGGUCACAGGCUACUGUGGGAGGAAGCCUCCAUUUCCCUUUGCCACAAUCUGCUUUCUGUACACGUGGGGAAGGGCCUCGGGGACCAUUCACGAAGUCCAUUUUAUAGAUGAGGACCGAGGCCUGCCUCUGGGGUCGCCUGUGAGUUCAGUGGCACCCCCAGCCUGGGCCUCCCCCCACCUGAGGCUGAGGCUGAGCCAGAGCAGGACCAGUGGGGCUGCAUUUCCCACGAUACUUCCUCCUCCCUUCUCUCUCUAGAGAUUUCCAGUGGCCCAGAAAAGAUGGGCAGGGCAAAUUGUAGCCCAUCUGAGAGGUGAGGCAGUUAAAGCCCAGAGUCAGGAAGUGACUUGCCCAAGACCCUUCAGCAGAGGAGCCACAGACAAGACAGGGGCUCUGUCCUGCUUCCCUCCUUCCUGGGACAGGAAGCCACUGCCCGGGCACACCUGCCAUGAUAGGUACUUGUGGUCUUUAAGCUGUGGGGCCCCCAGCCUGUGUGAUUCCAUCUCUGUGGGCCCAGGUCUGGGGGAGAGAAUUGCCAGAGAGACUUUGCUCUCUUGAGGCCUGGCCCAGCUGACUGAGGGUGCACAGGGUUUGGUUCAGGUCUCAGUGUCCAGGUAGGGGCUCCCACUGAGGGGGUCAUAACCCCAUAGGACCAACGUGAGGGAGAUGAGAAGCACCCCCUUCCCGUCUAGGGCUGUGUGGGAAUGAGGUGGCCGUGGCACAGCUCCUCUUAGGGAAAGCCUCACAAGACCUUUAGCUGUAACAAGAUCUGGCCUUCCAGACGUAGUGCUUUUACGUCACUGUCACGUACAGCCUCAGUAGAGCCCCUGGCAGUAGAGGGGAUCAGUAUUAGGAGCUCCACUGUAAAGAGGAGGGAGCUGAG